AUGAACAGAGAGGAGCGUGAACAAGAUGUACAAGACUGGAACAGAGGAGAAGAUAGGACCACCGAAUCAGAUAACGAUUCAACUAUAGAAGAGAAUAAGAAGGGCCCCACGAGUCUCAAUUUGUCGUUGUCCAAUUCCAAGUAUAGUCGGAUAAUAUCAUUUGUGAGUUCCAGUUCCAUAAAUUUAUUCUUACCCUUUCUAAAUGGUCUCAUGCUUGGAUUUGGAGAGUUAUUUGCUCACGAAAUCAGCUGGAGGUUUAAUUGGUUUGGUGGAUCCAACAACAGAGGCUACAAGAUAUACCCUGAAUCGAGGAAGAGGAAAAAUACGAUGGAUUCCAAGUUUAUAUAA